GCAAACCCGGUAUGAAGCAUCGAUGAAAACGCCACAACGAAUAGAAGAGGGUAUAGUGACGUCAUGAACGGUGCGUUGUCUUUCCUAACUAACCUUCAUUGAUGUCGAUUAGCUGCGUGUGGUGUGAAUUUAUUUCAAAGUCAGAUCAGUAAAUUGAAAAAAAUGGUUUCGAGGGCGACAUCGAGAAGAAUACCCGAAGUGGAGCCGCGUAUAGACUAUGUACAAUGCGACGGGCUAGUGGUGAUGAAGAUGGUGAAGCACUGUCAUGAGGAGUCCGCCAGCAACAUGGAAGUUGCCCAGGGCGCUCUUCUUGGUUUGGUUGUGCAAAAUCGUCUGGAGAUCACAAAUUGCUUCCCGUUUCCCAAGAAUGACGAGAUCAUGGAUGAGGAAGAAUACCAGCUUGCCAUGAUGCGGCGGCUGCGUUGGGUGAACGUCGAUCACUUCCACGUCGGUUGGUAUCAGAGCGCCGACGUUGGCAACUUCCUGAAUCUAUCGCUACUUGAGUCGCAGUAUCAUUACCAGACUUCCAUCGAGGAGUCUGUUGUGCUUAUCUACGACACUGCAAAAUCUGCCAGAGGUUUCUUGACGCUUAAAGCGUACCGGCUCACUCCGCAAGCGAUACAGAUGUACAAGGAGAACGAGUUCACUCCAGAAGCUCUGCGGACCUUGAAAAUUGGAUAUGAGAGUCUCUUCGUUGAGAUUCCAGUAGUUAUAAAGAAUAGUAAUUUGACAAAUAUCAUGAUGUCUGAAUUGGAUGAGAUGAUUCCUGAAGAACAAGGCACGAAGUAUUUAGAUCUUGGAACUGCCACAGUAUUGGAGAACCAAUUAAGGUGCUUGAUGGAUCGUGUAGACGAACUGAAUCAGGAAGCGAUGAAAUUCAACAGGUAUCAACAGUUGGUGGUUCGACAGCAGCAAGACAAAAAUAGGCUCCUGGCCAAAAGAGCUCAAGAAAAUGCCGCCAGGGCUGCAAAGGAUGAACCACCUCUACCUGACGAUGAUAUCAAUAAACUGAUGAGACCUCUGCCAGUUCCACCAAGGUUAAAUCCCAUGAUUGUCGCUGGACAGAUCAACACGUACAGUGAACAUAUUUCACAAUUCUGCGCUCAGAGUUUAGCAAAAUUAUAUAUUACUCAAAGUUUACAAAACGCAAAGGAGGCAAAAUCUUCCCAUUGAUAAGAUUACUCGUAUUACGAAUAUUUAUAACUUUCAGAAAAAUGAUUACAGAAUUAAAUGAAAGAAUGAUAAAAUUUUCC